AUGAAUAAUCCUAGGCAGCAGUCUCUGUUCUUCAUCACACUUCCAGAUUUAAACAAACUCUGUGCCGUCAGAGUGUUACUGAGUAAUAAGAUGGCAGAUACUGAGAUUAGGACUAUACAAAUGAAGAUGUGCAGGCAGUUGCUGUUUUUGCAUGAAGAUAUUCUUACAUCACCUGUGUCUGGAAUAUUAAACCAAAUUUGGGUGGUGAUGUCGAUACCAUUUUAUAAAGCAAGAAAACUUAAUGCCUAUGUUGAAAAAUAUGGAGCUAAGAUGGAGAUCCCACAAAGAGUAAUUCCUGUAAUUCUUCAGAACUGCCUUUCAUAUUCAUUCACAACUAGACUUGCUCCAGCCUGGAAUAGAAGUGGCCAUCUAUUGAUACAAGGAAGAGAUUUUCUUUCUCAGAUGGGAAAACAAAGUGCUGUUGUAUUAAACAUCAAUGUAACAGAAACUCAAGUUUGUCUAAGUAUAGAAGCUUGCACAAUCAGACUGCCACCACCUGAGCUAGAAGAGUUUGAGAUUUCCCAGAGGAUUAUAAAGGAUUUUCAUACUAAUAAGCAUGCUGUCAUUGAGAGACAUUCCAUUUUAAGCAACUGGUGCUAUGUUUUGCCGAGUAUGAAAAUGGGACAAAUUAUAAAUAUUCUUCAUGCCAUCCCCCCUGGCUGUCCUUUUCGAUCAUAUGAAGAUUUCCAGAGACACUGGGAUGUCCUGUAUGGCUAUAAACUUCCAGAUGAUUGUAGAAAACUUAAAAUAUACUGCAACGUCUAUUUCAAAAUGCUCGGAGAAAGGACCUUCACAUAUCCUCUCAGUUGCAUCAGAAGUCAGCCUGUACAGUUCUUUCCAAGAGUAGAUUCGGAAGUUGUGUUGAAAAGUUUUCUUUCAGAUUUAAAAUCUAAACUGCACCAUAUAUGUGGAUUUCCCAUAAAGAUGACAAGUAAACCGUGCUACUACACACAAGAACUAACUAAACCUUGUAUACAGGAAAACAAAGUCAAGCCACCCAAUUUGACCACUAAAAAAAUGUUCAGGGCAUCUCUGACUCAAGCCACUUCCAUGAAACCUGCCUGUGCUCAAAAUCUUCUACCAUGUUCAGCAGCAGUGGACCACAAGGUGGCGCCUUCAGUCAGCCUGCCAACAUCACGCAUUUUCUCACCUUUGCACCUGCAGCCAGAGUCUGUUGAGGGUAGAAAGAAAUCCCUGCCUAUCAGGGCUCCACAAGUACAUUUGGAAGUAUUAAUGCCCAACAGAGGAAAUACUGAAGUUCAACACACGAAUCUUAGCUCCCAAAGUAACAUCACUUCUAAAUUUGUACCAGUUUUCAAAAAUAAAUUGUUAGAAAUGAACAAAAAUACCUCAGCACUUGGCAGCCCAAAAAGAAAACAGCAUGUUGUGACACACUCUAACUUGUUUUCACACAAAACUAGUAUGAUCGAGCAUGAUAAACUCAAUUUAGGUCCAGCUAUUAAAAAAAGAUCUAAUAGUAACAUUCAGAUGCAGGCUGCUAGCAAUCAGGAGAAUUUCAGACUUCUGCAAGAAAAAAAAAUAGAGUCCUGUGAAAAUAUGACAAAAUUUCCCUCUUCUAAUCAAAAAUCGACUGUAAGCUUAAACAAAAGUAAGCAACUAUCUAAUAAUGCAGUAUUUCUGAUGUCAAAUAACAAUUUAGGGAUUAUAAAAAGUGCUGUUGACUUCCAAAUGAAUGGAAAAGAAAAUUUAACAGGCAAACAUAUAACACAAAUGUUAGGGAAAAGCCAUGGGUCACUAAAACUGAAAAGACAACCACACAUUUUUGAAUCAGAAGGAGAAACAGAAGAUCCCCGACUGCUACAGCAGCAAUCAGAAAAUCAAGCUAAAGAAGUUGGUACAAGUGACCACAGGUUGAUAGUAAGCAAAAUAGCCCAUAGGUCUAAGAGAAAAUUAUGUCCAGAGUCUUCCAAAACUUCAAAGAAGCAUCAUUCCGUUACUGUGCACUAUGACCAAUCCAGUUCUUCUAAGAAGCAGAUACUUCACUCAGAUAAAUCAAAAUCUAAGAAAUCUCUCAUCAUUCCCAAUGCUUAGAACGUGGACCUGAAAGAAGAAAAUGUCUACCAGAGAUGACCGUUCUAAGCAUACAAUGAACACUCUUCUAGAAGUCUCCCACACUCCUGUGACCAUGAAGUCAGCUCUGCAUACUACUGUGGAACCUCCUU